CUAUUUACCACCCCUAUCUCAAUGACAUGUGGGUCCACAUGUGUCCAGUGGCAAAAAGUUAAUUGCCACAUCUAAAUGUGGCAAAUGGUUAAAUAUCUCCCUGGCGGUAAACCCGAUCGUGAAAGUCUAGUUAACUUCUCGCGUACUCCACGCUGUCCGAUAGGCGCACGACAGGCCACGUGGGCGCGCGCGAUCGUCUAUCCCUACCGCGCGGUGACCGCACCCCACCGCAACUAACCGCAACGCAGCACAGACACGCGCACGCACGCCGUCUCACCCACCCCUCGCCGCGCCGCAACCCUCGCCGCGCCGCCAUGAUGUCCUCCACGGCGCCGCCGGACAUGCCCGCCGGCGACGGGGACGGCGACAUGGAGACGCUCCCCCUCGCCUCCGACUACGCCUCCGUCGCCUCCACCUUCGAUCCCCUCCUCUCCUCCGCCGCCGCCGCCGCCUCGCCGCCCUCCCCAACCAUCGCCGCCGCCGCCGCCUUCCCGCUCUCCCCGUCCUCCUCCUCCUCCUUCGUGGACCCGCCCUCCUACGCCGACGUCGCCGCCUCCUCCUCCUCCUCCCCGCGCUCCGCAUCCGCCUCCGCCUCCGCCUCCCCGAGAUCCGCCGCGUCCGACUACGCCCUCAUCGCCGUCUCCGACCCCACGCCCGAGGCCGAGCCCGCCGCCACCUCCCUCGUCCCCGGAUCCGCCCCGACCUACAUCUCCUACCUCGUCACCAGCGCCCGCCGCGGGGACCACCGCCGCCACGCCGUCCGCCGCCGCUUCCGCGACUUCGUCACCCUCGCCGACCGCCUCGCCGAGGCCUUCCGGGGCCACUUCGUGCCCCCGCGCCCGGACAAGAACACCGUCGAGAGCCAGGUCAUGCAGCGCGACGAGUUCGUCGCCCAGCGCCGCGCCGCCCUCGAGAGGUACCUGUGGCGCCUCGCCGAGCACCCCGCGAUCGGCCCCAGCGACGAGCUGCGCGUCUUCCUGCAGGCCGAGGGCAAGAUGCCGCUGCCGAGCACCACCGAUGUCGCUUCGCGGAUGCUCGACGGCGCAGCGCGGCUGCCACGGCAGCUGCUCGCCGGCGAGGAGGCCGUGGCUGCGCCGCAGGAGGUGGUGCAGCCAGCCAAGGGCGGUAGGGACCUUCUGCGGAUAUUUAAGGAGCUGAAGCAAUCAGUCGUGUCUGACUGGGGCGGCGUCAGGCCGCCUUUGGUAGAGGAGGAUAAGGAGUUCCUAGACAAAAAGCAGAAGCUGCAGGAUUGGGAGCAGCAGUUGACUAGCGCAUCACAACAGGCUGAAGCACUUGUGAAGGCUCAGCAAGAUAUGGGUGAAACAAUGGGGGCACUUGGAUUGGCAUUCAUCAAACUUACAAAAUUUGAGACGGAGGAAGCAAUGUAUGACUCUCAGAGGAUAAGAGCUGCUGACAGCAAACGUAUAGCCACUGCAGCUGUCAAAGCUAGCCGAGCAUGUCGAGAUUUGAAUACGCAAACUGUCAAAUAUCUGGACACUCUCCAUGAACAUCUAGGGAUAAUGCUGUCUGUCCAUACUGCAUUUUCUGAUCGGUCAAGUGCAUUAUUGACUGUACAAACGCUCAUGUCAGACCUGGCAUCAUUGCAAUUGAGGAUUGAAAAACUCGAAGCAGCUGCAUCAAAAAUAUUUGGUGGUGAUAAAUCUAGGCUUCGCAAAGUUGAAGAGUUAAGGGAAACAAUAAGGGCUACUGAAGAUGCUAAAUGCUGUGCACUAAGGGAAUAUGAGAGAAUCAAGGAAAAUAAUAGAAGUGAACUCAACAGACUAGACCGAGAGAAGAAGGAGGAUAUGCUUGAGAUGAUAAAAGGAUAUGUUACAAGCCAAGCUGCAUACGCUGAGAAGAUCGUGGAGGGUUGGGAGACAGUUGCAGAGGAGACGAGUGGAUACGCCCGAAGAUCUGAUAACAACAUAGCGUGGUAGCAUUCACAACUUUUGCCCGUCUUCUCUUGGUUGGCACAUGUGAGUGUGUAUGUACAAUGUGUAACCUAGGAUGGUGAAGGCCAAAAGUAGAAGAAAGACCUAAUUCAAUUUGUUUUUCAUUUAUUUAAAGAAUAUUGGCGUAGUUCAACUAUCGGGAGUACAGACGCACAUCGUCACACUACUGCCGUACUGCGCAUACGAUUGGAGCUGCCUGCCUGCUUGGUUAACUUCUGCAACGUUUGUUCAGCUUAGUCAGCAUGGUUUUGUUUCCCUAUUA